CAGACUUGUGAGGUGUAAGAGACAUUCAAAAUUUUCACGGAAAAACAGAAAUAGAGUUUUCACUUGUGUUGGUAUUGAUGAUUUGAUUGGAGUCGCGAUAAUAAAAAAUUUGUUAUUAACAAUGAAUUUGAAAAUUUUUUUUUUGUUAAUAAUAUAUUUUUUGGUACACGAUACCACGGCGGAGGAUCACAGAUUGGAUACUUAUGAUAUAAAUAGUAUACAGAUAUUCAUUAAUAAUGUUCAUGAAAGAGCGCGGUCUUAUUAUCGGUUGGAAAAUACAACAUUGGAAGAUUAUGAAAAGAAUAAUAUUUUAAAAAUGAUAUUCAAUGACUUAACAAUUAUACUAACUGAGUUAAAUAAAAUGUCGAAUGAUUCACGUAAAAUUCUUUCAUCUGGUGACUUAAUUAGUUUCGUUGCUAGUUUAGAGAAACAUGAUCUAGAAAAUGGUUAUUCUGUACAACCAAAAUUGUCAGUAGAAUUGAACACGAUAUUUAACAUGAGUGAAACAAUUAAUUCAUACGCCGAACCCUUAUUGAAGUUAGGCAGCAGCAAUUUUUCUGCCGAACGAGAUAUGUCGGAAUUCUGUCCAUCUAACAAAAGUAUCCAACCAAACAUUGAAUUCAAGUUUGAACAGCCCAUUGUUCUUAAUGAAUACAUGAAAUUUAUUAAUAAUCUCACGAUAAUAAUGUAUAACAAAAAGCGAUAUAAUUUUUGUGGCCAAACAAGUUCAUUAAAUCAAGCAAUAUUCGAUUAUCAUCAUCAAGUUAUUGCCACGUAUCUAAAAGAAUAUAUAAUGCUUAAUUUCGUCGAUAUUAUCGAUGGACGUUGUUUUGACUGGAAUGUAACUCCAUUAUCAAGCACUCGUCGAAACAAUUCAAUGAAGGAAAUAUCAGAAAUCAUUAAAUUAACGAAAGAACUUCUAGAUCAUGCUAGUCUUCUUAUUUACAGAUGUGAUGCUGACUAUAGUAAUAAUACUAACGGAAAGUCAUAUUACGAAUUAGAACAUAUGAUACAAACAGUAAUAGUUCCCGAAAAAGAAUUAAGUACAACUGGCUCCUGUAGUCAUAAUUGUGAUUUGAACGCUAUAAGACAUUCGAUCAAUAAUAACGACUGUGACGAAUAUCAACACUGUCAGUAUCUUGACAGCAGCUACGAAAUCUGUGAAUCGACUGAUAAAACGAGUUCGAGACGUUACGAGUGGUUCAGAAGCCGCAGUGGAGCACCUUAUGGCAGAAAUUUCCCAAGCUGUAGUGGCCCAGUGAAGACUUUAUCCAGUUCUUAUAAUGCUUUUCCACCUAGGUGGUGUGACUAUUGUAUGUGCACCUGUGCCCAAAAAUCGCGACGAAAGCAUGUCAUCGCUGCAGUUAGUUUCAGAGAACAAGUCACCGACAUCGAUAAUAACAUGGUAGUCGUUGGUGUUAGAUUUAUCGAGAAAGGCAAAUUAAUUCAUGUCCAGAUAAAAGAACGGAAACUAAAACCUAUCAGCUCAGAUGAUAGAGGCUCAUGGAAAGAAUUGGAAGACAUCUAUCAGAGUGAUAAUACAGGGAAAUUUGUAAUCAAAAAUGAAAACUCCUCUAUAGUAGAGCUUAAACCGAUCGUCGAUUAUGGAGAAGCGAAAUUAAUGGACUGUAAUGAUUUUAUUGCGCCCACUGGUUACGUCGUUACAGGUGUAAAAUUAGGGUUUUCUAGAUUAUUUCUCAAUACUUUGAGUGUAAAUACCGAAUCAAUUCAACUGAGAGUACGCGUCACGCCUUUUGAUUACAAUAAAGGCAUACUAAUAAAUAAAAAUCAAACACACUGGAUCAAUGACAGCAAUUGGUUCUUGAGACGGCAACUAUUCAUAAGGAAUCCAGAUCUGCCAACAAAAUCACCUAAAAAUGUUAUUGACUCAAAUCCGAACGAAUUUGUUAGAUUCCGUGUUUCGGAUUUGAGGAAAGAUGGCGGACAAUCAACAAUACCAUUUUUUGAUGCUCAAAAUGUUGAAGGUGCUCCUGAAUUUCCGUUAGGGGGAGUCGGGGUCGUUCAUCGCGGUCAUGAAGGCUAUGGUGGAUUUGUUGCAUUAAGAAUUCACGAUUUGAAGCUUUAUAAUUACUUCAAUGAUGAAAUUCAGAAGCAAUCCUAAAGUUUAUA